AUGGCCCAAAACCCCUGCAUUGGAACAGUGGCCAAAAAUCAGGCAACUAAACGUCUUAAAAAAUCAACAUAUGAGGCACAGGGCGCUGGGCCUGCGGACGUGGUCAGCAGAGGCUGGAGCUCCCUGCCCGUCUUCUUCCCACAGAGCGAGGCGGUGGUGCGGCAGCUGGUGGAGCUGGGCUUCCGCGGCUCCGGGGACGUGCUGCGACGGGAGGAGUUCGAGGCCCGGGCGGCGGUGGCCGCGGGGCUGACGGCGGCGGCCCCCCAGAAGUCACUAGCAAGUGUAGGAAAAGAACUGAAAAAUAACUUCUUGCAGGCCCUGGCAGAAAGGGAGGAAGCCAAUCGUACUGGAAAAAUUUCUUCCAUAAUCUUCAUUCGUGACCUAAAUUCUCAUCGCCAGGAGGUAUCUGCAUAUAUCGACUAUGCACACAGACUGACAACAGAUGAUUUUGAAGUCUACUUCAGUGGAAAGAAAAGAAUUCUCCCUCAGAACACUGAUCUGAGCUUUUACAACUGGGAUAGAAAUGUCAGCACUUCAAAUUCCAGCCCAAAUUACCAAGUGAUUGCAGAAAAUGCCUGUGGACUACUCUUCAAGAACAAAAGUGAUAGGAAAAUAAUAAAUGUGGAUCCUAAGGCCUACCCAGGAGACGACACAACACGGAUGCCUGUUGAAACAGAUCUCUAUCUCCACGUUGUUAUCUAUGACCAUAUUGUCAGAAGAGGGACCUAAAGGUCCAUCUGUGUUACUCUUCUCCCAGUGAUUUCUUUAGCUCUUUUAAAGUCAUCUGGAAGAACAGUGAAUGGUUGGAAGACCUUUACCUUGUGUUCAGGAGUAAGAAAGGGGGGAUUUUUAUACUGGUGUGCCUUACUCCUUGAGGGA